CAAUGACAGCGCGCCGUACUGAGCUGGAGGAGAGAGGCUGCCGCUUGGUGAAUGGAGGCGACGAGAUGCUGGCUACCGUGGCGGACGUCGGGAUUUAACAUCGACAAAGGUGCUCUCUGCUGCUUCCUGGGGUUGGACAUUGAUGGACCUUAUCAGGAGAUGUACGGCAGCGCCAGAGCAGUAGGCCACAUUGAGAGCAGCCCUGCCCGGUCACCGCGGCUGCCCCGCUCCCCCCGCCUGGGCCAUCGGAGGGCCAACAGCGGAGGAGGGAGCAGUGGUGGGGGCAAGACGCUCUCCAUGGAGAACAUCCAGUCCCUCAAUGCUGCCUAUGCCACCUCAGGACCCAUGUACCUGAGUGACCACGAGGGUGUGGGCUCCACUGCCACAUACCCCCGUGGUCACAUGACCAUAGGACGGGCCAGCCGCGCCAUGUACGGAGGGCGUGUCACCGCCAUGGGCAGCAGUCCCAACAUCGCCUCAGUUGGGCUUCACGGGGACAUCCUGUCCUACAGUGACCUGGGCUCGCUGUCCAUGUUACAUGCACACCACCACCACCAGGGGGUGCCCUCUGCCCUGCUGCGACAGGCUGUGCGGAGCAGUGGGGGUGAGCUGCUGGAGAUGCAGGCCCAGCUCAGGGACAUGCAGAGGGAGAAUGAGAUGCUACGCAGAGAACUGGACCUGAAGGACAGUAAGUUAGGCUCCUCCACAAACAGCAUCAAGAGCUUCUGGAGCCCUGAGCUGAAGAAAGAGAGGAUCAUGAGGAAGGAGGAGGCAGCACGGACAUCCAUACUGAAGGAGCAGAUGAGAGUGACUCAUGAGGAGAACCAGCACCUUCAGAUGACCAUCCAGGCCCUGCAGGACGAGCUCCGCACACAGAGAGACCUCAAUCACCUCCUGCAGCAAGAGAGCGGAAACAGGCCUGGAUCAGAGCACUUCACCACCAUCGAAUUGACAGAGGAGAACUUCAGGAGGCUGCAGGCCGAACACGACCGGCAGGCCAAAGAGCUGUUCCUGCUCAGAAAGACCUUGGAGGAGAUGGAGCUGAGGAUCGAGACACAGAAACAAACUCUGGGGGCGAGGGAUGAGUCUAUAAAGAAGCUGCUGGAAAUGCUGCAAAGCAAAGGGCUGCCUCCAGGACCAGGAAGGGCAUCUGAAGAAGAGGAGCAGGAGCGAGCCAGGCGUAUUGCAGAGGCAGAGGCUCAGCUCGGACACCUAGAGGUCAUCCUGGACCAGAAGGAGAAGGAGAACAUCCAUCUCAGAGAGGAACUGCACAGGAGAAAUCAGUUGCAUCAGGACCCGAGCAAAACCAAGGCACUACAGACCAUCAUCGAAAUGAAAGAUACCAAAAUUGCCUCCCUGGAGCGCAACAUUCGAGAUCUGGAAGAUGAGAUCCAAAUGCUAAAAGCGAAUGGCUUACUGAACACUGAGGACAGAGAAGAGGAGAUCAAGCAGAUGGAGGUCUAUAAGAACCACUCCAAGUUUAUGAAGACUAAGAUUGACCAGCUGAAGCAGGAGCUGUCGAAGAAGGAAUCGGAGCUGCUGGCUCUGCAGACGAAACUAGAAACUCUCAACAACCAGAACUCAGACUGCAAACAGCACAUCGAGGUGCUCAAAGAGUCUCUCACUGCCAAGGAGCAACGCGCUGCCAUCCUCCAGACUGAGGUGGAUGCUCUCCGCCUGCGUCUAGAGGAGAAAGAAUCGUUCCUAAAUAAGAAAACCAAACAGCUGCAGGACCUGACCGAGGAGAAGGGGACACUCGCGGGAGAGAUCAGGGACAUGAAGGACAUGCUGGAGGUCAAAGAGCGUAAGAUCAACGUCCUACAAAAGAAGAUUGAAAAUCUUCAAGAACAGUUACGUGACAAAGACAAACAGCUGGGAAACCUAAAGGAUCGCAUCAAGUCCCUCCAGACUGACUCCAGUAACACAGACACUGCCCUGGCCACCCUGGAGGAGGCGCUGUCCGAGAAGGAGCGGAUUAUUGAGCGUUUAAAAGACCAAAGAGAGCGGGAGGAUCGUGAGCGUCUGGAGGAAGUGGACUCUUAUAAGAAAGAGAACAAGGACUUAAAGGAGAAGGUCAACAGUCUACAGAUAGAGCUGACUGAGAAGGAGUCCAGUCUAAUUGAUCUGAAGGAGCAUGCCUCGUCACUGGCGUCCUCAGGCCUUAAAAAGGAUUCAAAACUCAAAUCACUGGAGAUUGCCAUUGAACAGAAAAAAGAAGAGUGUAGUAAGUUAGAGACGCAACUGCAAAAGCAAGCUGAGCAUCUAUUCAGUCACUUGAACAGUCCUAAAGCCCAUGAGGUGGAGCAUCAGACAGGCUCAAGAGUAAACACAGAGUUCUCAGACCGGGUGAAGCUGCUAGAGAAGGAAAUGAACUUCUACAAAGAUGAGGCUAAUAAGGCUCAGACGGAGGUGGAGCGACUGCUGGACAUUCUGAGAGAGGUGGAGACAGAGAAGAAUGACAAGGACAAAAAGAUCGCCGAGUUAGAAAGACAAGGAGGAAAAGACCAAAUUAAGAAGGGUACAAACAUCAAACUGGGGCCACAAGGAGACAAGAAGGACCCCCGAAAAGACAGCACCUUGGAUGGUGGUCAUCACUUAAAGUUGGAGGAUCUGAUGAACACACUGGAGAGGACAAGGCAGGAGCUGGACGCCACAAAGCAGCGCCUGUCGUCCACACAACAAUCUCUUCAGGAGCGCGACACGCACCUCACCAAUAUGAGACAGGAGCGCAGGAAACAGCUGGAGGAGAUCCUGGAGAUGAAACAACAAGCUCUGCUGGCUGCCAUCAGUGAAAAAGAUGCUAAUAUUGCUCUUCUGGAGCUCUCUGCCUCCAACAAGAAAAAAACCCAGGAGGAGGUGAUGGCCCUCAAGAGAGAGCGGGACAAACUCAUGCACCAGCUCAAACAGCAUACUCAGAGCAGAAUGAAGCUGAUCGCAGACAACUACGAGGAUGAGCAGUACCACCCCCACGGACCUCACCACCCUCAGCAACAGCCACCCCACUCACAGCCACAGCCCCAAUACCCACAUCCCGGGCACCCCCCACAGCCUCAGUACCCCCACGGACCCCAUUCUCAGCACCCGCCAGGACCCCAGCCACACUCGGUGCACCCACAACAGCCACAAGCACAGUACCCACACCCCGCACAUCCACAGCAGGCGGCCCAGCACCCACAGGGGCCCAUACCACAUCAACAGCACCCACGGCCACCUGGACCACAGCACCCACACGUUCAACACCCACAGCAGCACCCACAGCAGCACCCACAGCAGCACCCACAGCAGCACCCACAGCAGCACCCUCCACAGCACCCUCAGCAGCACCCUCACGGACACCCCCCUCCUCAGCACCCACACGGACCUCCGCAACAGGGACCCCACCCCCAGCACCCGCACCCACAACAGCAUCCUCCACAUCCGCAGCACCCACACCAUGGGCAGCACCCUCGGCACCCAUCUCCUCACCAUAGAGGAGGUCCACAAAGAGGACCACCCCACACUGGGCACCGACCUGCCCAUGACCAGGAUGAUGAGGAGGGCAUUUGGGCAUGAUUCUAACUGCAACAACCAAAACUUAUGUUGUUAUGAAGGAUGAUUCAGUCACUACUGGGGGAGCAGAGCCAUCACAUUAAAAUACAACCAAACAUUUACUACCUGUUUGUUUUAUUUUUCAUUUAUUUUUUAUCCGUGCAGCGUGGCCUUGUUUUGUGAGAGUAUAAAUCUCACUCAUGCAGGAAGCUGGCAGCUGAGCAGGAAACAGUACACGACCACUCCAAACAACUGUUAGGACUAUUGCUUUGGCAUGUCAUUGGAACAGCCCUUUCUGUUGGCUGUUGCAUGCUGGGAUCUUGAAGCAAAUGCAGCCCCUCCUGAUGCGGGACACCCCAACUGUCUCCACUCUGCUGCCUCACGGUUUAGUUUUACAUUUAUUUCUAUUGAGAUUAUCAUUGUGUUGCCUUGAAUUAUGAUUUCUCUGGCUCUGAUUGGCUCCCAUGCCUGACUUACUGCCCUGCUGACAACGUAUUCCUGCUUCUCAUAGUGUGCACAGUCAACAUUGCCAUUUUAUAUCUUUAUACACGUUUUUAUCAUGGCCCUAUUAUGAUUGCUUUUUAUGAAUGGUAUUAAUGACUUUUAAAUCACAGACUGGGAUUAGCUGUCAGUGGUCUUUUCAUUUUACCUCAUUUAAAGACGUAGUAAAACAUUAAAAAAUAAUCUAUGCAGAUGACAACAUAGAGUAAAUACAUUUCACAUUAUUAUUUGUGUCAUUAUUUUUUCUGCCUGGAGAGCAGUCAGUAAUUAUUCACAAGUCCAAUUAUUUUGUGACUAUGCACCUAUGCACCUCUCCUCCGUGUUGCAGGAAUUUUUAACUAUUGGUGCUUCUGCUGGUGCUUACAACUAAAAGGUGUCAACAAGAUCUGAUCCAAAACCUCUUUUUGGAGGGAUUUGACCCCACCUUGGGCUAAAUAAUAACAGACUGCUAUGUAUAUACAAUCAGAAAGGGAGAACAGUGUGCCAUGAAAGAUACAGAGGUGCUGCUGCUAUAAAUGCAAAUGUAGGCUAUAAUAAGGAACAGGUGAUGUUUGUUAGAUGUUUAAUGCAGGUCUGUUCAGUACUGACACUAUCCUGCCCGAGUACGUCUAAUUUUCUAGAAGUAGUCAUGUGUGAACUCCCCAGACAACAUAGUGACUCGUUUUAUUUUCUUCUUAACAAAGUGGCCUGUGCCUCGUAAAACUGUAAACAAAAUAUAAUAGAUAUGCAUAUAUUAUAAAUAUAGAGAGAAAUCUAUAUAGUGUGUCUAUAU